AUGGUCCGCUCUGAAGAGGUGAGCAUGUCUGGCUACGAGGAAUUCACACAGGUGGUGGAGCAGCACAGUGGCAAGACCAUUUUCGCCUAUUUUUCUGGUUUUAAGGACACCGAAGGCAAAAGCUGGUGCCCCGACUGCGUGCAGGCUGAACCAGUUGUACGAGAGGGGCUGAAGCAUGUUGGUGAAGGAUGGGUGUUUAUCUACUGCCAAGUAGGAGUAAAACCUUAUUGGAAAGAUCCAAAUAAUGACUUCAGGAAAAAGUUGGAAUUAACUGCAGUGCCUACACUACUUAAGUAUGGAACACCUCAAAAACUGGUAGAAUCUGAGUGUCUUCAGGCCGACCUCGUGGGGAUGUUGUUCUCUGAAGAUUAAGAUUUGAUGAUGGCAAUUGUGUCUUUAUUUCCUGAUUUGCUCUAGAAUAAAAGAAUCUGCAUACUCGCUUUGAA